UAAAACUCUGUGGAUACAAUGAAGUGGCUCUGGGACUCUUGGUGGUUUAGCAAGGAAAAAUUAAAUAAACCAAUCUGUUUCCACUACUAGGAGUAAAGACCAGUAAAGACAAAGCAGGAUGAAAAGAUGGCUGACUUCUUGUUACCACCGGGUACUAACAGCUUCCACCGGUUCACGCCCGAGUCCUUGGCUGCCAUCGAGAAGCGAAUUGCAGAGAAGCUGGCCAGGAAUGCCAAGCAGGAAUACAGAGAGCAGCUGGGCGAGGAAGAGAAGCCUCAGCCUCAGUUUGACUUGCAGGCUUGCAAGAAGCUGCCUGAUAUCUAUGGGACUGUUUCUCCAGAGCUCAUUGGGGAGCCCUUGGAGGACAUCGACCCUUUCUACAAUGACCGCAAGACAUUUAUAGUACUGAACAAAGGGAAGACAAUCUUUCGAUUUAGUGCCACUCCUGCCUUGUACAUACUUAGUCCUUUCCAUCCAAUCAGAAGAGCAGCAAUUAAAAUUUUGGUACAUUCAUUGUUCAGUAUGUUUAUUAUGUGCACUAUUUUAACUAAUUGUGUGUUCAUGGCACAAUCAGAGACUCCGUCAUGGAAUAAAUAUGUUGAGUACACUUUCACUGGCAUUUACACUUUUGAGUCAUUGAUAAAAAUAUUGGCAAGAGGAUUUUGCAUGACAGAAUUCACCUUCCUUCGGGAUCCAUGGAACUGGCUGGAUUUCAGUGUUAUUGUCAUGGCAUACAUAACUGAAUUUGUGGACCUGGGCAAUGUCUCAGCCUUACGAACGUUCAGAGUGCUGCGGGCGCUGAAAACAAUCUCAGUCAUUUCAGGACUGAAGACCAUUGUAGGGGCACUUAUCCAGUCUGUUAAGAAACUUGCAGAUGUGAUGAUCCUGACCGUUUUCUGCUUGAGUGUCUUUGCCCUCAUAGGCCUCCAGCUCUUCAUGGGCAACCUGAGACACAAAUGUGUCAGGGAUUACACCAUGUUUAACUUCACCAAUGGCUCCCUGUACUUGGAUGGUAGGACGUGGAACAACUCAGAGGAAUUUCUUAGUGAUCCAGUGAACUAUUUCAUAAAAAACGGUACAGAAGAUGUAUUACUGUGUGGCAACAGCAGUGAUGCUGGCACGUGCCCUGAGGGAUAUAUAUGUCUGAAGGCUGGGGAAAAUCCUGACCAUGGUUACACAAGCUUUGAUACUUUUGGCUGGGCCUUUCUCUCCUUGUUCCGUCUUAUGACUCAAGAUUACUGGGAACGUCUUUACCAACAGACUCUCAGAUCUGCUGGGAAGAUCUACAUGCUUUUUUUCAUGCUGGUCAUCUUCCUGGGCUCAUUUUACCUGAUCAACCUGAUUCUGGCUGUUGUGGCCAUGGCAUAUGAGGAGCAGAACCAAGCCACUAUUGCUGAAACAGAGGAGAAAGAAAGAAAGUUUCGGGAAGCCAUGGAGAUGUUGAAGAAAGAGCAGGAGGCACUAGCAGCUAAAGGAAUUGAUUCAAUGUCACUCAGCUCAUUGGAACUGUCACCUAAAAGUGCAAAAGAAAGAAGAAAUAAGAGGAAGAAAAAGAAAUCUUUGGGGGGAGACGAGUAUGGAGAGGACCAAAGGAAUCCCAAGUGUGACUAUGAUGAUGGUCAAAGGAGGAUGACUCUCCUUGGCAUUAGUUAUGGUCCCAGUGCAAACUUGGUGAAGCGCAGAACGAGCCACGGAAGCGUUUUCAGUUUCCGACUCCGUGGCAGAGACACUUGCUCCGAGACAGAUUUUGCCGAUGAUGAGAUCAGCAUCGCUGGGGAAAAUGAAAGCCACCGGGGCUCCCUCUUAAUUCCAAGAUCUGGGAGGCGUCCAAGCGUGCAGAGUCAAGUGAGCCAUAGUUCUCACCCUACUACUCCCAACUACACCCAGACGGGCAAAAGGAACAGCUCAGUGGAUUGCAAUGGUGUGGUUUCCCUGAUAGGAGGAGGAGGAGGCACCGGGGCACUCCACCCAGACCCUACUUCUCCUGCAGGGUUACUGCUCCCCCCAGUUAUUAUGGAAAAGCCUGGGACAGGCGACCUGACCUCCCCCUCGGACGAGGCAAGCAAGAAACAGCUUUUAAUGCCCCACCGGCCCUCAGUGGACCACUCAGAGGAGCCCUUUCAGAGGCAGAGGGCAGUGAGUGCUGUCAGCAUCAUCACCAGUGCCCUGGAAGAGCUUGAGGAAUCGCACCAGAAAUGUCCUCCCUGCUGGAACCACUUUGCUGUUAAAUUCCUCAUUUGGGAUUGCUGCCCACUUUGGCUUUUAAUCAAGAAAUUUGUCAAGUUUGUGGUCAUGGACCCGUUCACUGACCUCACCAUCACCCUGUGCAUUGUGCUGAACACGCUCUUCAUGGCCCUGGAGCACUACAAGAUGACCAAGGAGUUUGAGCACAUGCUCUACAUUGGCAAUUUGGUCUUCACUGGGAUUUUUACAGCAGAAAUGAUCUUCAAAGUAAUUGCCCUUGACCCCUACUACUAUUUCCAACAGGGCUGGAAUAUUUUUGACAGCAUAAUUGUUAUUCUAAGCCUGAUGGAGCUGGGUUUGUCUAGCAUGGGAAACCUGUCUGUUUUACGCUCCUUUCGACUGCUGAGAGUCUUCAAGUUGGCAAAGUCCUGGCCGACCUUAAACACGCUCAUUAAAAUCAUUGGAAACUCAGUGGGUGCCCUGGGUAACCUCACCCUCGUGCUGGCCAUCAUCGUCUUCAUCUUUGCCGUGGUAGGGAUGCAGCUUUUUGGGAAGAGCUACCUGGACAAUGUGAAGAAGAUAAGCACCACUGGCAACCUGCCACGGUGGCACAUGAAUGAUUUCUUCCACUCGUUCCUCAUCAUCUUCCGAAUUUUGUGUGGAGAGUGGAUCGAGACCAUGUGGGACUGCAUGGAAGUAGCUGGGCAGCCACUGUGCCUUCUCGUCUUCUUGUUGGUCAUGGUGAUAGGAAACCUGGUGGUGCUCAACCUGUUCCUUGCCUUGCUGCUGAGCUCCUUCAGCGCCGACAACCUCUCCGCGCCGGACGAGGACGGCGAGAUGAACAACCUGCAGCUCGCGUUCGCCCGCAUCAACAGGGGCCUGCAGUACGCCAAAAAAGCCGCCUGGAACUUCUGCUGCCACGUCCUCAGGCACCCCAAGACCACGGCUGAGAAGAAGGCCAUGAUGAAACUCGCUGCCCAGAACCCAGGAGCCCUCAACAACUGCGUGAACAGCCACGCCACCGCCGAGCUCGGCAAAGACAUGGAGAACCACAAGGAGAGCCGCGCCGAGGACGGGGUCAACAAAAACGGAGAGAAACACCCAGCAAUCACAGAUGAUGAUUUCAUGACCAAUCCUGACCUGUCCAUUUGUGUUCCCAUUGCUGUGGGUGAGUCGGAUAUCGAGGAGGAGGAUGAGGAGCAGAGCACCUUUACGGAAAUGGAGCAGCAGGAAAAGCAGCUGCAGCUGAGGGGGCAGCGAUGCCAAAGCCCAGGAGUCCGGAGUCAGAACUCUGAGAUUUAUGAAGAGUUAAGUGAGUUGCACGUGGAUAAGCAGUUGAAGGCUGAGCCACCACCUCCAGUAGGGCAAAAAGAGCUUGAUGAAAUCAGUCUUUCUGAAGGCAGCACAGUGGAUUUGACAAAUCCUGCAGAACUGCUGGAGCAGAUCCCCGAGUUUGCUGAGGAGCUGAUGGAGCCUGAGGAUUGCUUCCCUGAAGUCUGUGUGCGAUUCUUCCCGUGCUGUUCAGUGGACAUCACAAAAUUUCCAGGCAAAAUUUGGUGGAGGCUGCGAAAGACCUGCUACAGAAUCGUGGAGCACAACUGGUUUGAAACAUUCAUCAUCUUCAUGAUCCUGCUGAGCAGUGGAGCCCUGGCCUUUGAAGAUAUUUACCUUGAAGAUCGAAAAAACAUAAAAACCAUGCUGGAAUAUGCUGACAAAGUAUUCACUUACAUCUUUGUCCUGGAGAUGCUCCUGAAGUGGGUGGCUUAUGGCUUCAAGAAGUAUUUCACCAAUGCCUGGUGCUGGCUGGACUUCCUCAUUGUGGAUGUCUCUUUAAUCAGCCUGGUUGCCAGCACUCUUGGAUACUCCGAGAUGGGUCCCAUCAAAUCCCUGCGGACGCUGCGUGCCCUGCGGCCCCUGAGAGCCCUGUCACGCUUUGAGGGGAUGAGGGUGGUGGUCAAUGCCCUUGUGGGGGCCAUCCCCUCCAUCAUGAAUGUUCUGCUUGUCUGCCUCAUCUUCUGGCUCAUCUUCAGCAUCAUGGGAGUGAACCUCUUUGCUGGGAAGUUUGGGAAGUGCAUUAAUAAGACAGAGGGAGAUAUGCCUUUGGACUCUAAAAUUAUUAACAACAUGAGUGACUGCAUCCUUUACAACGUGUCGGGCACGUUUUACUGGACAAAAGUUAAAGUUAACUUUGAUAAUGUUGGUGCUGGGUACCUGGCUCUGCUGCAAGUGGCCACAUUUAAAGGCUGGAUGGAUAUUAUGUAUGCAGCAGUGGAUUCAAGAGAGUGCGAGGAGCAGCCUGAGUGGGAAUGUAAUUUAUACAUGUACCUUUACUUUGUGAUUUUCAUCAUCUUCGGCUCUUUCUUCACACUGAACCUGUUCAUUGGUGUCAUCAUUGACAAUUUUAACCAACAAAAGAAAAAGAUAAGUGGCCAGGACAUCUUCAUGACAGAAGAACAGAAAAAAUAUUAUAAUGCAAUGAAAAAGCUGGGAUCUAAGAAACCUCAAAAGCCAAUCCCAAGGCCGCUGAACAAAUACCAAGGUUUUAUUUUCGAUGUCGUCUCAAAACAAGCCUUCGAUGUCUCCAUCAUGAUUCUCAUCUGCCUUAACAUGGUUACCAUGAUGGUGGAAACAGAUGACCAAAGUCAAGAAAAAGUGAACAUCCUCCACAAAAUCAACAUGCUUUUUGUUGCCAUCUUCACUGGGGAGUGCAUCUUCAAAAUGCUGGCUCUGCGGCACUACUACUUCACCAACGGCUGGAACAUUUUUGACUUUGUGGUUGUGAUUCUGUCCAUCGUAGGCACCGUACUUUCUGACAUCAUCCAGAAAUAUUUCUUCUCUCCCACACUCUUCAGAGUCAUUCGUUUGGCUCGGAUUGGCCGGAUCCUGAGACUCAUCCGGGGAGCCAAAGGAAUUCGAACUCUGCUCUUUGCCUUAAUGAUGUCCCUUCCUGCUCUGUUCAACAUUGGCCUCUUGCUGUUCCUGGUCAUGUUCAUUUAUGCCAUUUUUGGCAUGGCUAACUUUGCCUACGUGAAGAAGGAGUAUGGGAUUGAUGACAUGUUCAACUUCCAAACCUUUGCUAACAGCAUGCUCUGUCUCUUCCAAAUCACCACGUCAGCUGGCUGGGAUGGUCUUCUCAACCCCAUUUUAAACACUGGACCACCGUAUUGUGACCCAAACCUUCCCAAUGCAAAUGGCUCAAAGGGAGACUGUGGGAGCCCCGCCGUAGGGAUUUUAUUCUUUGUCACAUAUAUCAUUAUAUCAUUUCUCAUUGUUGUAAACAUGUAUAUAGCCAUUAUUUUAGAGAACUUCAGUGUAGCCACUGAGGAAAGUACAGAGCCUCUAAGCGAGGAUGAUUUUGAUAUGUUCUAUGAAAUCUGGGAGAAGUUUGACCCCGAAGCCACUCAGUUUAUUGAGUAUUCUGCACUUUCAGACUUUGCAGACGCGCUGUCAGAACCUUUGCGCAUAGCGAAACCCAACAAAAUCAAACUCAUAGCGAUGGACCUGCCCAUGGUCAGCGGAGACAGGAUCCAUUGCUUGGAUAUUUUGUUUGCUUUUACAAAAAGGGUGCUAGGAGAAUCCGGGGAGAUGGAUGCCCUUAAAAUACAGAUGGAAGAGAAGUUCAUGGCAGCCAACCCCUCCAAGAUCUCCUACGAGCCGAUAACAACGACGCUCAGGCGGAAACAAGAAGAGGUCUCCGCCAUCGUCAUCCAGAGGGCCUACAGGAGACACUUGUUCCGGCGCUCCAUGAAGCAGGCAUCCUACCUGUACCGGCACAGAACUUUGGAGAGCAGCAGCAUCCUGGAGGACGAUGCGCCCGAGAAGGAGGGUCUCAUUGCAUUCAUGAUGAACGAAAACUACGGCAGGCCCAUAGACAAAUCAGAAACUCUGUCCUCCACCUCCUUCCCUCCGUCCUACGACAGCGUCACCCGAGGCACGAGUGAAAACCUACAGCUGAAGAUCACGGACGUGAGCAAAAGCGAUGAGGCUAUAGAUUGUCUUCUCUCACCCGACAAGGAUAAGGAAUCAAUUGUUUAAGUGUUUGUUUAGAAUGCUUUAAAACAUUGUUUACAGAAUGUAAUGCUGUAACUACACAACGAUUGAAGCAGCCUUCCUAUUGAAAAUUAAUUGCAAAAGAAAAAAAGUGGAGUUUUUACCCUUAACUACAGGAGUCUA